AUGAAAGUAGACAGGACUAAACUGAAGAAGACACCUACUGAAGCUCCUGCAGAUUGCCGAGCUUUGAUAGACAAACUUAAGGUUUGUAAUGAUGACCAACUCCUUUUGGAACUUCAACAAAUUAAAACAUGGAAUAUUGGAAAAUGUGAGUUGUAUCAUUGGGUGGACUUACUGGACCGUUUUGAUGGAAUUCUAGCAAAUGCUGGACAAACAGUGGACAACAUGUCUUGGAUGCUGGUGUGUGAUAGGCCUGAAGAACAACAACUAAAAUUGCUAUUAUUGGGUGUGUUGAACUUCACAGCCUUGCUCAUAGAAUACAGCUUUUCCAGACAUCUUUACAGUUCAAUAGAGCACCUGACUACAUUAUUGGCUUCUUCUGAUAUGCAAGCGGUGCUUGCAGUGCUGAAUCUUUUGUAUGUCUUUAGCAAAAGAUCAAACUAUAUCACUAGGCUGGGCUCUGACAAGAGGACUCCAUUGCUGUCCCGGUUGCAACACUUGGCAGAGAGCUGGGGUGGAAAAGAAAAUGGCUUUGGACUUGCAGAAUGUUGUAGAGAUUUGCAUAUGUUGAAAUACCCUCCUAGUGCAACUACACUACACUUUGAAUUCUAUGCAGACCCAGGAGCCGAAGUUAGAGUUGAAAAAAGGACUACCAGUAACACACUACAUUACAUUCACAUAGAGCAGCUUGACAAAAUUUCAGAGAGUCCUUCUGAAAUAAUGGAAUCUCUUACCAAAAUGUACAGCAUUCCAAAGGAUAAGCAGAUGCUGUUGUUUACACAUAUACGACUGGCCCAUAGUUUUUCUAAUCAUAAGAAAAGACUACAAGCUGUUCAGGCAAGACUGCAUGCAAUUUCUAUAUUAGUAUAUUCAAAUGCCUUACAAGAAUCAGCAAACAGCAUCCUAUAUAAUGGAUUAAUAGAAGAGUUGGUAGAUGUCCUUCAAAUAACAGAUAAGCAUCUUAUGGAUAUCAAGGCAGCAUCCUUAAGGACAUUAACAUCAAUUGUACACUUGGAAAGGACACCCAAACUUAGUAAUAUUAUUGACUGCACUGGAACUGCCUCCUAUCACGGAUUUUUACCUGUACUCGUUCGAAACUGCAUUCAAACCAUGAUUGAUUCUUCAAUGGAACCAUACCCUCACCAGUUUGCCACUGCUCUUUUCUCUUUCUUAUACCACCUAGCCAGCUAUGAUGCUGGUGGUGAAGCUUUGGUGUCCUGUGGCAUGAUGGAAGCCUUACUUAAGGUAAUAAAGUUUCUUGGAGAUGAACAAGACCAAAUAACUUUUGUUACUCGAGCAGUCAGAGUCGUUGACCUCAUUACUAACCUAGACAUGGCAGCUUUUCAAUCUCAUAGUGGACUCUCCAUCUUCAUUUACCGAUUAGAGCAUGAAGUAGAUUUAUGCCGAAAAGAGUGUCCUUUUGUGAUUAAACCAAAGAUCCAGAGACCCAACACCACGCAAGAAGGAGAAGAAAUGGAAACAGAUAUGGAUGGAGCUCAGUGCAUUCCCCAACGUGCAGCACUUCUGAAGUCCAUGUUGAAUUUUCUUAAAAAAGCCAUCCAAGACCCUGCUUUCUCAGAUGCCAUCCGUCAUGUGAUGGAUGGCUCCUUGCCUACGUCUUUGAAACAUAUCAUCAGCAAUGCUGAGUACUAUGGGCCAUCACUUUUCCUGUUGGCUACUGAAGUGGUGACAGUAUUUGUGUUUCAAGAGCCAUCAUUCUUGUCCUCCUUGCAAGAUAAUGGACUGACUGAUGUCAUGCUGCAUGCACUUCUUAUAAAAGAUGUCCCUUCCACCCGAGAGGUACUUGGAUCCUUGCCAAAUGUGUUCAGUGCCCUCUGUUUGAAUGCACGAGGUCUUCAGUCUUUUGUUCAGUGUCAGCCUUUUGAACGUCUUUUCAAAGUGCUUCUUUCUCCUGAUUAUCUUCCUGCAAUGCGAAGGAGAAGAAGCUCUGAUCCCCUUGGGGAUACUGCUUCUAAUCUCGGCAGUGCAGUUGAUGAACUUAUGAGGCACCAGCCUACACUCAAAACAGAUGCUACAACUGCUAUUAUUAAGCUAUUAGAAGAAAUUUGUAAUCUUGGAAGGGAUCCAAAAUACAUCUGUCAGAAGCCAUCUAUUCAAAAAGCUGAUGGCACUACUUCAGCUCCUCCCCCAAGAUCUAAUCAUGCAGCAGAAGAGGCUUCCAGUGAAGAUGAGGAAGAAGAAGAAGUACAAGCUAUGCAAAGCUUUACUACUACUCAGCAGAAUGAAACAGAACCAAAUCAACAAGUCUUUGGAACUGAAGAAAGGAACCCUAUCCCACUAAUGGAUUACAUCCUGAAUGUGAUGAAAUUUGUGGAGUCCAUUCUAAGCAACAAUACAACCGAUGACCAUUGUCAAGAGUUUGUGAACCAAAAGGGGCUGCUACCUCUAGUCACCAUCCUGGGCCUUCCCAAUCUGCCUAUCGACUUUCCAACCUCAGCUGCCUGUCAGGCUGUGGCAGGGGUCUGCAAAUCCAUACUGACACUAUCACAUGAACCAAAAGUCCUUCAGGAGGGACUCUUGCAACUGGAUUCUAUCCUAUCCUCCUUGGAUUUGCUUCAUCACCCAAUUGAGGCCCCUGGGGGAUCAGUGCUACUUCGAGAGCUUGCUUGUGCUGGCAGUGUAGCAGAUGCCACACUCUCUGCCCAGGCCACCCCUCUUCUGCAUGCUCUCACAGCUGCUCAUGCGUAUAUCAUGAUGUUUGUUCAUACCUGCAGAGUUGGACAGAGUGAGAUCCGUGCCAUCUCAGUGAACCAGUGGGGCUCCCAGCUGGGUCUCAGUGUCCUAAGUAAGCUGAGCCAGUUAUACUGUUCCCUGGUCUGGGAAAGUACAGUACUGCUUUCUCUGUGUACCCCAAACAGCCUCCCCUCAGAAUGUGAGUUUGGUCAGCUGGAUAUGCAGAAGCUGAUUCCAAGAGAGGAAAAGACAGCCAGUUCAGCAGCACAAGGAGCCAAGAGAAUAGAAGGAGAAACAGAAGGAUCAUCAGGAGGUAUGGAGGCUUCCACCCAUGGCCUUUUAGAAGGCAUUGGACUGGAUGGAGACACCCUGACACCUAUGGAAACUGAUGAACCUAGUACUUCAGACCCCAAGGGGAAGUCCAAAAUUACCCCAGCUAUGGCAGCUAGGAUCAAACAGAUUAAGCCUUUGCUGUCAGCUUCCUCCAGAUUAGGCCGGGCUCUUGCUGAACUUUUUGGGCUUCUUGUUAAACUCUGUGUGGGAUCUCCUGUACGGCAAAGGAGAAGCCAUCAUUCAGCCAGUACCACCACAGCACCAACACCUGCAGCAAGAUCAACAGCCUCAGCUCUCACCAAACUCCUUACUAAGGGUUUGUCUUGGCAGCCCCCACCAUAUACACCUACUCCAAGAUUCAGGUUGACUUUUUUUAUCUGUUCAGUUGGCUUCACCUCCCCAAUGCUGUUUGAUGAGAGAAAACAUCCUUAUCACCUCAUGCUACAGAAAUUCCUCUGCUCUGGUGGCCACAAUGCUCUUUUUGAGACUUUCAAUUGGGCUCUUUCCAUGGGAGGCAAAAUUCCCAUAUCAGAGGGACUUGAGCAUCCAGAUCUACCUGAUGGCACAGGAGAGUUUUUGGAUGCCUGGCUUAUGCUGGUAGAAAAAAUGGUGAACCCAACAACUGUACUUGAAUCUCCACAUUCUCUCCCUUCUAAGCUUCCUGGGGGCCAAAACUACCCACAGUUUAGUGCCCUCCGCUUCCUUGUAGUGACUCAGAAGGCAACCUUCACCUGCAUAAAGAACCUGUGGAACCGGAAGCCUCUGAAGGUUUAUGGUGGGCGGAUGGCUGAAUCCAUGUUGGCAAUCUUGUGCCAUAUCCUUCGUGGAGAACCUGUUAUCCGAGAGAGACUAAGCAAGGAAAAGGAAGGAACAAAAGGAGAGGAAGAAUCUGGACAGGAGGAAGGUGGUUCUCGCCGAGAACCUCAAGUAAACCAACAGCAACUACAGCAGUUAAUGGACAUGGGCUUCACAAGAGAGCAUGCAAUGGAAGCCUUAUUGAACACUAGCACUAUGGAACAAGCCACAGAGUACCUGCUAACCCACCCUCCUCCACUGAUGGCUGGUGGUGUAAGAGAUCUCAGCAUGUCAGAAGAGGACCAAAUGAUGAGAGCCAUUGCCAUGUCUCUGGGACAAGACAUACCAAUGGAUCAGAGAGUAGAAUCACCUGAGGAAGCUGCUUGUAGGAAGGAGGAAGAAGAGCAGAAGGCCCGGGAGAAACAGGAAGAAGAAGAGGCCAAAUGCCUGGAGAAAUUUCAGGAUGCUGAGCCUUUGGAACCAGAAGAACUACAUAAUUUCACAGACAGCAUGUUACCAGGCUGCUUCCACCUCCUAGAUGAGCUUCCAGACACUGUGUACCGAGUAUGUGACCUGAUCAUGACUGCCAUCAAACGCAAUGGAGCUGAUUAUCGAGAUAUGAUUCUAAAGCAGGUGGUUAAUCAGGUAUGGGAAGCAGCUGAUGUUUUGAUUAAAGCUGCUCUUCCUUUGACAACUAGCGACACAAAAACUGUAUCUGAGUGGAUCAGCCAGAUGGCCACCCUUCCACAGGCUUCAAAUUUGGCUACCAGGAUUUUACUGCUUACAUUGCUCUUUGAGGAAUUGAAGCUCUCCUGUGCCCGUGUAGUUGAAUCCAGUGGGAUCCUCAACAUCUUGAUCAAACUGCUAGAAGUGGUACAACCUUGCCUGCAGGCUGCCAAGGAACAGAAGGAGGUCCACACUCCAAAGUGGAUCACUCCAGUACUUCUUCUGAUAGACUUCUAUGAGAAAACAGCUAUUUCUUCCAAGAGGAAAGCACAAAUGAAUAAGUAUCUACAAGCUAAUAGCAAUAAUUGGCGUUGGUUUGAUGAUCGAUCUGGACGUUGGUGUAGCUAUAGUGCAAGCAACAAUAGCACAAUUGAUACAGCCUGGAAAGCUGGGGAGACAAGUGUACGAUUCACUGCUGGCAGACGAAGAUACACAGUCCAGUUUACUACAAUGGUACAGGUCAAUGAAGAAACUGGAAACCGGCGCCCUGUGAUGCUAACACUUUUAAGAAUUCCACGACCAAAUAGAAACCAAAAAAACACCCAUGGGCAAGAACUAGAGAAUACUUUUGAAGAAGGCAAAGAAGUACACAUGAAGCCAAAAGAAGAGAAAAUCAAUGAAGUGUCCUUGACUCCAGAAGGUACUUAUCCUGAGAAGGAACUGACUGCUGAGGAUACCAAGUUAGGAGAAAUCCUGAUACAGGGCCUUACAGAAGAUAUGGUGACCAUCUUGAUCCGAGCUUGUGUAAGCAUGCUCGGUGUCCCUGUGGACCCAGACACACUGCAUGCCACAAUGCGCCUCUGCCUAAGGCUCACCCGCAAUCACAAGUAUGCUAUGAUGUUUGCAGAACUGAAAAGCACCCGGAUGAUCCUAAACUUGACCCAGAGUUCAGGUUUCAAUGGAUUCACACCCCUGGUUACCCUUCUCUUGAGGCACAUCAUUGAGGACCCAUGUACUCUUCAUCAUACCAUGGAAAAAGUUGUAAGGUCUGCAGCUACCAGUGGAGCAGGGAGCACUACCUCAGGGGUUGUGUCUGGUAGCCUUGGAUCUCGGGAGAUCAACUACAUCCUUCGUGUUCUUGGACCUGCUGCAUGCCGUAAUCCAGAUAUCUUUACUGAAGUUACAAAUAGCUGUGUCCGUAUUGCCCUUCCUGCUCCAAGAGGUUCUGGUACCACAUCAGAUGAUGAAUUUGAGAAUCUGAGAAUUAAAGGGCCAAAUGCUGUGCAAUUGGUGAAAACAACCCCUGUUAAGCCUUCUCCUCUACCUGUCAUUCCUGACACCAUAAAGGAAGUGAUAUAUGACAUGCUUAAUGCCUUGGCUGCCUAUCAUGCUCCAGAGGAAGAUAAGUCUGAAACUAAACCUGGAAUGAUAACUCAAGAAGUUAGCCAGAUUCUGCAAGACAUGGGAGAUGAUGUUUAUCAGCAAUAUAGAUCAUUAACACGACAAUGCACAGAUUUUGACAAUCAGACUGGUUUUACCAUCAAUGCUCAAGUCUUUGCUACAGAUGGUGCAUCUACUGAGACACCCCAAUCAGGUACCCCUCAAGGAGAAGUUCUGACUCCAGAAGAAUCUCGGGAAGAGAAAAAAGACAAGGAAGGGGACCGGGCCUUUGAAGAAGGCAAACAGAAAGCCAAAGGCAGCAAACCUUUGCUGCCAACUUCCACCAUCCUUAGACUAUUAGCCGAGUUGGUGAGGUCUUAUGUUGGCAUAGCCACCCUCAUUGCCAAUUACAACUAUACUGUGGGCCAGUCUGAACUCAUCAAAGAGGACUGCAGUGUUCUGGCAUUUGUUCUGGACCACCUCCUUCCACAUACCCAGAAUUCAGAGGACAAGGAUACACCAGCUCUUGCCCGACUUUUUCUUGCCAGCCUGGCUGCAGCAGGCAGUGGAACAGAUGCUCAGGUAGCUUUGGUAAAUGAAGUGAAAGCAGCAUUAGGCCGAGCACUGGCAAUGGCCGAAAGCACAGAGAAACAUGCCAGAUUACAGGCAGUUAUGUGCAUUAUCAGUACAAUCAUGGAGUCCUGCCCCUCCACAUCCAGUUUUUACAGCAGUGCUACAGCAAAGACUCAACACAAUGGCAUGAAUAAUAUCAUCAGACUCUUUUUGAAGAAGGGUCUAGUGAAUGACUUGGCACGAGUACCACACAGUCUAGACCUCUCCAGUCCCAAUAUGGCCAACACUGUCAAUGCUGCCCUGAAGCCUUUGGAAACACUGUCACGCAUUGUGAACCAACCUAGUAGCCUCUUUGGCAGCAAGAGUGCUUCCAGCAAGAGCAAAUCUGAACAAGAUGCCCAAGGAACAUCUCAAGGUGCCAGCAGCAAUACACAGGAUUCAGGGUUAACUGGUGAAGCAGAAGUACAUGAGGAGGAUCAUGAUGUCACUCAGACAGAGGUGGCAGAUGGGGAUAUAAUGGAUGGAGAAACUGAAAAUGACACAGUUGUGAUUUCUGGGCAACCAGAGGUACUUACUACCCAGGAGAUGCAGGUAGAGAAUGAAUUGGAGGACCUAAUAGAUGAAUUACUUGAGAGGGACGGUGGCUCAGGAAACAGUACAAUCAUAGUGGGCAGAAGCGGAGAGGACGAGUCACAGGAGGAUGUGUUGAUGGAUGAAGCUCCCUCCAACCUCAGCCAGGGUUCCACCUUACAGGCCAACCGAGAAGAUUCAAUGAAUAUCUUGGAUCCUGAAGAUGAGGAAGAGCACACUCAGGAAGAGGACAGCAGUGGUAGUAAUGAGGAUGAAGAUGAUAGCCAAGAUGAAGAGGAGGAAGAAGAGGAAGAUGAUGAUGAUCAGGAUGAUGAGGAAGGUGAAGAGGGAGAUGAGGAUGAGGAUGAUGAUGGAUCUGAGAUGGAAUUAGAUGAAGAUUAUCCUGACAUGAAUGCUUCUCCUUUGGUCCGGUUUGAGCGCUUUGACAGAGAAGACGACCUCAUAAUUGAGUUUGACAACAUGUUCUCCAGUGCUACGGACAUACCCCCAUCCCCAGGAAACAUCCCUGCUACACAUCCACUGAUGGUACGGCAUGCAGACCACAGUACCCUCACCCUUGGUAGUGGCUCCUCCACCACACGCCUUGCACAAGGGAUUGGAAGAAGCCAGAGGACAUUGAGGCAAUUAACUGCCAACACAGGCCACACAAUCCACGUUCACUACCCUGGAAAUCGACAGCCCAAUCCUCCUCUCAUUCUGCAGAGGUUACUGGGUCCCUCUGCAGCUGCAGAUAUUCUUCAGCUGAGCAGCAGUCUCCCACUGCAGAGUCGAGGCCGAGCCCGUCUCUUAGUGGGUAAUGAUGAUGUACAUAUCAUUGCCCGUUCAGAUGAUGAAUUGCUUGAUGACUUCUUCCAUGACCAGAGCACAGCUACAAGCCAGGCAGGAACUCUUUCUAGCAUUCCUACAGCCCUAACCAGAUGGACAGAAGAGUGUAAAGUUCUUGAUGCUGAGAGUAUGCAUGACUGUGUUUCUGUUGUGAAAGUGCCUAUCAUUAAUCACCUGGAGUCCUUGAGGGAUGAAGAACUAGAGGAAAGACGAGAGAAGCGCAGAAAGCAGCUGGCUGAGGAAGAAGCUAAGAGAGCUAGCAUGGCUAAGGAAGAAAAAGAGAAUAAGGAUCAGAGUGUACAGGGUACCACAUCCAAAACAAAUGAUACUUCUGGACAGAAUCUCUCAGAUAUGACCAACAGACCUGACAACUACCCAGCUACUACAUCUCCAGCAGAAGGCACUUCAGUUAGACCUAAACAGACCCUUGUUACUCUGGAAACUUCGCAUCACCAACCACCUCUGCCACCCCCAUUAGCUGUUGGAGAGCUAACCCAGCAGUUUCACAUUCCAAAUAUAUCAGAGUCCUCUUCACAGCUUCUAAUGCCUGUAGAGCAAGAAGUCUUAGGUCUCAUACAACCAAGUGGGGAAACGGAGACAAUACAAAUGGAACUAUCACCAGCUCCUACAAUAACCUCAUCUCCAGAGAGGGCUGAAGACUCAGAUGUCCUGACUGCUGUGAGUAGCCAACUGGAGGGGUCCCCUAUGGAUACCAGCAGCCUAGCAUCCUGCAACCUGGAGGAGGCAGUUGGAGAUAGUGCAGUUUCCAGCAGCAUUGAGCCACCUAGGGUAGACACUACUACUCCUGUGGAUAUUCCUCAGCCUAGUACAGAAACACAAGGCAGUGGAGAUGGGCCAAGCGAGUCCCAGCAACAGACUGAAGACAGUUCUCCUCCAGCCUCGUCCUCAGAGAGUUCCUCCACCAGAGAUUCUGCAGUGGCCAUUUCUGGUGCAGAUUCAAGGGAUAAUCUUGAAGAGCCAUUACCUUCAACAAGCAGUGAAGAAGACGAUCCUCUUGCAGGUAUCAAUCUUCCUGAGGGUGUAGACCCCUCCUUUUUGGCUGCUCUGCCAGAUGAUAUUCGAAGGGAGGUCUUACAAAAUCAAUUGGGCAUUCGACCCCCUGCAAGAGGCACUCCAACAGCUACCAAUCCAGUUCCUCCUAUGGUUGGAAACACUAGUAUGACUGAAGUGAGCCCUGAGUUUUUGGCUGCUUUGCCUCCAGCUAUUCAAGAGGAGGUAUUAGCACAACAGAGGGCUGAGCAGCAAAGGCGAGAACUGGCACAAAAUGCUAGUUCAGACACUCCAAUGGACCCAGUGACUUUCAUCCAGACCUUGCCAUCAGAUUUGCGCCGCAGUGUGCUAGAAGACAUGGAAGACAGUGUAUUAGCUGUUAUGCCGCCAGACAUUGCUGCAGAAGCCCAAGCUUUACGGCGAGAGCAAGAAGCCCGGCAGAGACAACUUAUGCAUGAAAGAUUGUUUGGACACAGCAGCACUUCAGCAUUGUCUGCCAUCCUUCGGAGUCCAGCUUUCACAAGUCGCCUGAGUGGGAACCGAGGAGUCCAGUACACAAGACUUGCUGUCCAGAGGGGUGGAACUUUCCAAAUGGGAGGAAGCAGCAGCCACAACAGACCAUCAGGAAGUAACAUGGAAAGUCUUCUUCGUCUUCGUGGCCGUCUUCUUCUGGACCAUGAAGCUUUGUCUUGUCUCCUGGUCCUUCUCUUUGUUGAUGAACCCAAACUAAAUACAAGUCGUCUUCACAGGGUUCUGCGUAACCUAUGCUACCAUGCCCAAACGCGCCACUGGGUUAUACGAAGCCUGCUUUCUAUCCUACAGCGUAGUAGUGAGAGUGAGUUAUGCAUAGAAACCCCCAAGUCAGUUGCUGCUGAAGACAAAGGGAAGAAGUCAUCAAAGGGUUGUACCUCAGGCAGCCUUGACACCCGGCCCUUGGACCUGCUGCAUAAGAUGGAAUCUAAGAGUUCAAGUCAGCUUUCUUGGCUCUCUGUGUCCAUGGAUGCAGCCUUGGGAUGCCGAACUAAUAUAUUCCAGAUUCAGAGGUCAGGAAGUCGAAAGCACAUGGAAAAACAUGCUGGCUGCGGUUCUACUGUUCACAUCCACCCUCAGGCUGCACCUGUGGUCUGUAGACAUGUCUUAGACACACUUAUUCAGUUAGCCAAGGUAUUUCCGAGCCAUUUCACACAACAGCGGACCAAAGAAACAAACUGUGAGAGUGAAAAGAGCAACAAACAGGCCUGCAGCCCUUGCCCGGGGCAAUCCACUAGUAGUGGCAUUUCCACUGACUUCUGGGACUUGUUGGUAAAACUUGACAAUAUGAAUGUCAGCCGUAAAGGCAAAAAUUCCAUCAGAUCUGUACCUGUCAGUGCUGGUGGUGAAGGGGAAACCUCCCCAUAUAGUCUUGAGGCUUCACCUUUAGGGCAGCUCAUGAAUAUGUUGUCCCACCCAGUCAUCCGAAGGAGCUCCCUCUUGACUGAGAAGCUUCUCAGGCUCUUAUCUCUCAUCUCCAUUGCCCUCCCAGAGAACAAAAUGCCAGAAAUACUGACUAACCAUGGCACCAGUAGUUCUGCUUCUAUCACUAUUUCUGCUGUCGCCACACCACCUACCAUUGCUUCUACUGCCGCCGCCACCACAGUUGCCACUGCUCCUGUCACACCUAGCCUUGCCUUGGAUGUAAGUGGGACUACUGAAAUGACAACUUCCACUAUUUCAGCUACUACUAAUAAGAACAGCAAAUCCCCUGCAAAGGCUGGUGAAGGAGGAAGCAGUGGCAGUGUUGAAAAGAUGGUGGCAUCAGGCUUAACAGAAAACCAGCUUCAGCUCUCUGUGGAGGUACUGACAUCACACUCCUGUUCAGAGGAAGGUCUAGAAGAUGCAGCCAAUGUCUUACUACAGCUCUCCAGGGGAGACUCCUUGACCAGAGAUACUGUUCUCAAAUUGCUUUUGAAUGGUGCCAGACACCUAGGUUACACGCUAUGCAAGCAAAUUGGGACCCUUCUAGCCGAACUACGAGAAUACAACUUGGAACAACUACGUCGAACCCAUUGUGAGACACUUUCUCCAGAUGGUCUACCAGAAGAACAGCCACAAGCCACUAAGUUGAAAGGAAAGAUGCAGAGCAGAUUUGAUACUGCUGAGAAUGUGGUGAUUGUGGCUUCUCAGAAGCGCCCACUAGGUGGCCGGGAGCUACAGCUACCUUCAAUGUCCAUGCUAACAUCCAAGACAUCCACACAGAAGUUUUUCCUCCGUGUACUGCAGGUCAUCAUUCAACUUCGGGAUGAUACUCGAAGAGCCAACAAAAAAGCCAAGCAAACAGGCAGGCUAGGUGCUUCCAGCCUGGGCUCGGCUAGCAGCAUCCAGGCAGCUGUUCGGCAGCUAGAGGCUGAGGCUGAUGCCAUUAUACAAAUGGUACGUGAGGGUCAAAGGGCGCGGAGACAACAACAAGCAGCAACGUCGGAAUCAGGACAAUCAGAAGUUUCUGCCCGAAGAGAUGACUCUCCUAUGGAUGUGGACCAGCCAUCCCCCAGCACUCAAGAUGUACAGCCUGUUGGCUCUGAAGGACUACAAUCUAUAGAGAAGGAAAAAGAGGAAAGACCUCUAGAGCUUCCAUUACUAAGUGAACAAUUGAGCCUAGACGAACUUUGGGACAUGCUGGGUGAAUGUUUGAAAGAACUAGAAGAAUCCCAUGACCAGCAUGCUGUGUUAGUGCUACAACCUGCUGUUGAGGCUUUUUUUCUAGUACAUGCCACAGAACGAGAGAGCAAGCCACCCAUAAGGGAUACUCGUGAGAGCCAGCUUGCCCACAUCAAAGAUGAGCCUCCACCACUUUCUCCUGCCCCCUUGACUCCUGCUACUCCUUCCUCCCUUGACCCAUUCUUCUCCAGGGAGCCUUCAUCAAUGCAUAUAUCUUCCAGUCUGCCCCCUGACACACAGAAGUUCCUUCGAUUUGCUGAAACUCAUCGAACUGUGUUAAACCAGAUUCUACGUCAAUCCACCACCCACCUUUCAGAUGGGCCUUUUGCUGUCCUUGUUGACUAUAUCCGGGUCCUUGAUUUUGAUGUAAAGCGCAAAUACUUCCGCCAAGAGCUAGAGCGCCUAGAUGAAGGACUCCGAAAGGAAGACAUGGCUGUGCAUGUCCGUCGUGACCAUGUUUUUGAAGAUUCUUACCGUGAGCUACAUCGAAAAUCUCCUGAGGAAAUGAAGAAUCGAUUGUAUAUAGUAUUUGAAGGAGAAGAAGGCCAAGAUGCUGGUGGACUCCUUCGAGAAUGGUACAUGAUCAUCUCAAGAGAGAUGUUUAAUCCUAUGUAUGCCUUGUUCCGGACUUCACCAGGUGACAGGGUCACCUACACCAUCAACCCUUCCUCCCAUUGUAACCCCAAUCAUCUUAGUUAUUUCAAGUUUGUUGGGCGCAUUGUGGCUAAAGCUGUCUAUGACAAUCGUCUUCUUGAGUGCUACUUCACGAGAUCUUUCUAUAAACACAUCCUGGGCAAGUCAGUCAGGUACACAGAUAUGGAGAGUGAAGACUACCACUUUUACCAAGGUCUAGUUUACUUACUGGAAAAUGAUGUCUCUUCACUUGGAUAUGAUCUUACUUUCAGUACUGAGGUUCAAGAAUUUGGAGUCUGUGAGGUUCGGGACCUCAAGCCAAAUGGAGCUAAUAUCCUAGUAACUGAGGAGAACAAAAAGGAAUAUGUACAUUUGGUGUGCCAGAUGAGAAUGACAGGAGCAAUCCGAAAACAAUUGGCUGCCUUUUUGGAGGGCUUUUAUGAGAUUAUCCCCAAGCGUCUCAUUUCUAUCUUUACGGAGCAAGAGCUGGAACUUUUAAUCUCAGGACUUCCCACAAUAGAUAUUGAUGACCUAAAAUCAAACACAGAGUAUCACAAGUAUCAGUCUAAUUCCAUCCAGAUACAGUGGUUCUGGAGAGCUCUUCGCUCUUUUGAUCAGGCAGAUCGAGCCAAAUUCCUCCAGUUUGUUACAGGCACUUCUAAGGUGCCUCUUCAGGGCUUUGCAGCACUUGAAGGAAUGAAUGGUAUUCAGAAAUUCCAGAUUCACCGUGAUGACAGAUCCACAGACCGCUUACCUUCAGCUCAUACUUGUUUUAAUCAGCUGGACCUACCUGCUUAUGAGAGCUAUGAGAAGUUACGCCAUAUGCUGCUGUUGGCUAUACAGGAGUGCUCAGAGGGCUUCGGGCUGGCAUAAUCAUAAAGGCUGUGCAGCACUCCUCCCCACUGUUGCUAUUUUUUCUACUCUUAAACUUGGGGAAGGAAAGAAGAAAGGGAUGGAUUUUACAAAAAAAAAAGGAAAAAAAACACUUUACACACACACUUUGCACACACACUUUGCACACACACUUUUCCCAAAACACAAAAAGACCACAGAAGCGUAACCAAUAAAUUAAUUAAAUCAAA